GGGCUCGACUUCUUGUUGCCCUGAAGCUUUCAUCACACUCUCCCUCCCCUUCUCUCUCUGUCUUCAGCUUCCUUGAUUUUGAAGGAUUCUGGUGUGGUUUGAUUAGUUUACAUCUCCCUGUCUCUCUCUCUCUCUCUCUCUCUCUCUCUAGUUGGUGCUGUUCGGUGAGUCUUCUGUAAGACCCAGAAUUGCUUGUGCAUAUAUAAAGGUCCAUCCUUUGAGCUUACAUGCAUUGACUGAGAGAACAAAUUCUGGGAUCUGAAGUUUCUGAGUCGUGCCCUUCUGAAUUGGUUGAAGAAGAGUUCUAGUCGAGAAGAAUGGCCAAGCAAGUGUCAAACGGCGACAACCACUCUGCUGCAAAAGCACCUCCAACCCCAUCUCCUCUGCGUUUCUCCAAAUUCUUCCAGCCCAAUAUGAGGAUUUUGGUCACUGGAGGAGCUGGAUUCAUUGGUUCCCAUUUGGUGGACAGGUUGAUGGAAAACGAGAAGAACGAGGUGAUUGUUGCAGACAACUAUUUCACUGGCUCCAAGGAUAACUUGAAAAAAUGGAUCGGCCAUCCAAGAUUUGAACUCAUUCGUCACGAUGUGACUGAACCAUUGCUGGUCGAGGUUGAUCAGAUUUAUCACCUUGCUUGCCCCGCUUCUCCAAUCUUCUACAAAUACAAUCCAGUAAAGACAAUCAAGACCAAUGUGAUUGGUACACUGAACAUGUUGGGGCUUGCCAAGCGUGUUGGAGCAAGGAUUUUGCUCACUUCAACCUCGGAGGUCUAUGGGGACCCCCUUGUGCAUCCUCAGGAGGAAAGUUACUGGGGAAAUGUGAACCCGAUUGGUGUCAGGAGUUGCUAUGAUGAGGGGAAGCGUGUGGCUGAAACUCUGAUGUUUGAUUAUCAUAGGCAGCAUGGUAUUGAGAUUCGGGUUGCUCGGAUCUUCAACACCUACGGUCCCCGCAUGAAUAUCGAUGAUGGUCGUGUCGUCAGCAAUUUCAUUGCCCAAGCAGUUCGUGGUGAACCCUUGACUGUUCAGGCACCUGGAACACAAACUAGGAGCUUCUGUUAUGUCUCGGACAUGGUUGAUGGCCUUAUUCGACUUAUGGAAGGAGAGAACACCGGACCAAUCAACCUUGGGAAUCCCGGUGAAUUCACAAUGGUAGAGCUUGCAGAGACUGUCAAAGAGCUUAUCAAUCCUAAUGUAGAGAUCUCCAUGGUUGAGAACACACCCGAUGAUCCCCGACAGAGGAAGCCCAACAUCACCAAGGCAAAGGAGUUGCUCGGGUGGGAACCCAAGAUCAAGCUGCGCGAUGGGCUUCCUCUCAUGGAGGAGGACUUCAGGUCGAGGCUUGGGAAGCCGACAAACUGAGAACCCCAUCACCGGAAUCGAAGGACUUUUCCGUGUGUGUUCUGUGCUCUCCGGGAAUAGCUUACUGGAUAAGGAGUAAUAAAGGGUUGAGUGGAUAGGCAUUUCAUAUUUUCUUGAAUGGUUGAGUGUUUGGAUGAUGGUGUCUAUAUAUAUAUAUAUAUACAGCAUGGUGAAUAUGAUGUUCGUAAGCCAUCAACAAAGCUGCAAAUGAUUCUUUUUUCUUGUUGGGAGUUUUUCAAUUUGUCUCCGUUUACUGUCUUCUAUAAUUUGUACCCUAAAGUUUCAAUUUUGAUUCAUCUUGCCCCCA